AUGGCGCCAGCCAUUGAGAACCCCUACGAGAUGAACCGAUCUGUCGCCGCCAUCAACAACCAUAACCAAGAGAUCACAAUCGUCGCCGAGAUGUGGAAUGGGCUGUGGGCAUAUGUAGGACUCGUUGCUUUGGUGGCCACCCUCGCGGCUGCGGCAGGAAAGCAAUUUGCCUCGCCAUCCAGCAAUGGAGGGAAAAUACUAACGAGGCAAAAGGAGCCGCUGAAUGUAAUCAUCUCGGGGACGUCGGACCCGAGUGUGCUCACCAAGGAUGGCUUCGCGGCCUACGUCAGCUCGUUGCAAUUCGACCCUGAUUCUUUUGCUGGCCAAAAUAAUGAUGAUGAUGCACAGCAGGCGAAUCUUGGCGACGGAAACGGCUGGAUGAACCAGACAGGACUCUACCGCAAGACCCCUGCCUUGAUGGAGGUGCUCCAGGGCGGAAACCACUUCCGCUACUGGAUGCAAAACGGCCAAAAGGCCAACACGGGUGCUAUCUUCAUUGCUGCCUCAGUGGAGAUGGGCCUCAAGCAACAACAUGAUAUUGUACCCAAUGGGUACGAUCUUGGCCGGGACCAGUUCGUCGGCAAUGCUACGCAGGGCCCAAUCCACUCGAACACGACGCAAUAUACAACCAAGCUCCUUACCACAGACACCUCGUUGAUGAAGGGCGUGUCGAAGAGUGACCUGAACCACCAGAUCGCUUCAGACGGCAAAGUGGCUGUGCUGGAGAUCACCACGGAGCCAUGGCGUGAUAAUGGCGCUAGCUCCCUCGUCCUGGCGCCCGUGCUCGUAGGGGCGGGUCUGUCCGCGAUUGCAUCCGCAACUCUAUGGCUGUAA